CUGCCUGACAGGUUUAAAUUUGCCCCAGAGAUGGACACCUACGUUGACUCGUUUCUAGAGGGAUGCAACAACCCUGAGAACCAGCUGGCAGUGAUGGUUGCCUUCUCCACUCUCACCAACCAAGGUUACCCAGUUGUGCCCACGUUCUGGAAAGUGGUGAGGCAUCUCCUUCCCACUGCUCUGCUAAAGUACAUUGACUGGCUGAAGAACAUGUUUCUCAAUCCAGACCUGGACUGCUGUGUGGAUUUUGCGACCAAGAGACAGAACGAGAAGAGAACGAGCAGCAUAACUGACCACAGCAUCACACGGCUAAGGAAAUGGAUCAUCGGCCGCCUCAUUGGAAUUGCUGAACACCCACAGGUCAACAAGGAGGAUGAGCUUGUCAUGGACAUUUGCAGAUUCUGCUUCUUUCAUGCUUUUUUUGAGACCAAGAAACGAUUCCCAAAGAUAACAGAAACAAAAAGUUCUCCUUCAGUUCCCCUGAAUGAACAGUCUCGAACAGUAGCUGCAGAUUCGUUUUUCAGUUUGCUUCAGCAUUUGAACACAAUGCCUGCCCUGGGAGAAUCAGCCGAAGCAGAAGAAAUGAGGAAGAAGCACCUCCAUGGUUUGACAGUCAGUGGAGACCCCUGGAUCCACUGUGUGGUGCAAUACGCCCACCUCCUCCUCUCUCACCAGGAACAGGUGAAGAUGGUGGUUCCAUUUAAUGAUGAAGAACGAGAGGCUUGGGACAAGAUGUUGCAGACCGUGGAAGCCCUGAAACAAAGAGAUAAAAAAAGCCACAGUAUGAAGACUUCUGCCUUCCAACACCUGCUGCUGUUGGUCGGUAUUCACCUCUUCAAGUCUCCAGCAGAGUGUGUGAACCUUCUGAACGAUCUCCAGAAUUGUAUCAAGAGAGCCUUUGGUGAGAAGCCCAAGAAGAAAAAGGCAGCUACAACUG